AUGCACAUCGACACGGACACGACCAGCGACGAAAUCCUCUUGGCGGCCACCAACCACGAUCUCGAAGCUCUGAAAAAGCUGCUGCGGACGGGCUCGGCGAGAAUACAAGACCCGGAGACGGGCUUCUCGCCGUUGCACGCUGCCAUUGCUGCCUGCGAGCCAGACGCUGAGGCGCCUUCGGAGGAGACCAACCAGGAAGGAGAUGCUGUGCAUGGCAAUGCUCUGAGCGAGGACUCGGCGUUGGCGACGAUCCAGUUGCUGUUCGAGAAUGGCGCGAUAUGGAAUGAGCUAGACAAGAACGAUGAGACGCCGGGCUGCCUUGCUCUCAGGCUGGGGCUGAAGAAGAUCUACGACGCCUGUGUUGCCGCUGGUGUGCGAGCAGAGCUGCUCUUCAAUCGACUGGACGAGUACCUGCCCCUCCCCGACGGUGGGCAAGACGAUGACGACCAUGACGACGAUGCCAUUGACGGCUUCGACCCGAUGCCAAGCGGCGGAGACGCCGACGAGACCGGCCAAACGGACACCACCCCAGGAGCUGCCGCUUCAGAAGAGCACCCAACGCUUAGCAACCCUAACGUUGAUAGCGAUGCCUACCUCGCAUCAAAGCUGACCUACUCGGAAGGUCGACUCUUGGACUCUGACAAGAAUGCGGUCAUGAUGGACUGGGAGACGGAGAUCAUGAAGCUAUCGGCAGACCAGCUCUGCCCAAAGAAGGGACUCAGAACGAUGAAUAUUGGCCAUGGCAUGGGCAUCGUCGACACCAUGUUUGUCAACAAUGAGCCAGAGAUGCAUCACAUCAUCGAGGCACACCCCGAAGUCAUGCAGCAGAUGCGCAAGACUGGCUGGUACGACAAGCCGAAUGUCACAGUCCAUGAAGGCAAGUGGCAAGAAGUGCUGCCCAAGCUGAUUGAGCAAGGUCUUGUGCUUGACGCUAUCUACUAUGACACCUAUGCCGAGGACUACAAGGACCUCAAGGAGCUCUUCAGCGAGUACGUCAUUCAGCUGCUCGAUAGCAACGGCAAGUUUGGUUUCUAUAACGGUCUUGGCGCUGAUCGUCAAGUCUGCUAUGAUGUCUACACCAAAGUGGUCGAGAUUGAGCUCUUCGAUGCUGGUCUCGAUGUCGAAUGGACUAUCCUCCAGGUGCCCGACCUGGUCCAUAACAACAAGCCUGGCUCAUCGUGGGGUGGCAUUCGACGCAGCUACUGGGAAGUGCCUGAGUACCGUCUGCCGACUUGCAAAUUCAUCGGUUGA